CCCCCCCUCGCGCCGAUGACGUCAGACGCCCCGCCGCUUCCGGCCGACGCACGGGACGCCGCUUCCGCCCGCUCGCCCGCCCGUCCUCCGCCUCGCCUCAGCCCCGCGGCGGGAAGGGACCGGCCGCGACGACAUGGCGGCGGCGGCGGCUUCUUCUUCUCCUCCUCUCCUGCUGGGCUGGGUGAGGAGGGCGACCACGGCGCGGGGCCCGCGACGAUGAGGACGAUGAUGCCAUUCCCGAAGGGCUUACUCUGGGCCCAGCACUGCGCUAAGCGCUGGGGGAGAUUCAAGCUCUAUGCCUUGUCCAGACAGGCUCUUGUGCCUGCCUUCUUCCGAGGUCCGCCACCCAGACGUUCCUAUCGGGGCAGCAGCCCAGCAGAUUCCCAGAAGGACAUGCUUGAAAUCCCUUUACCCCCAUGGCAGGAGCGAACCGACGAGUCACUGGAGACCAAGCGAGCCCGCUUGCUCUAUGAGAGCAGAAAGAGGGGCAUGUUGGAAAACUGCAUCCUGCUCAGCCUCUUCGCCAAGGAAAAUCUGCAGCACAUGACAGAGAGACAACUGAACCUCUAUGACCGCCUGAUCAAUGAGCCCAGUAAUGACUGGGAUAUUUAUUACUGGGCAACAGAAGCUAAGCCUGCCCCAGAGAUAUUUGAAAACGAAGUCAUGGACCUGCUAAGGGACUUCGCCAAGAACAAAAACAAGGAGCAGAGACUGCGGGCCCCAGAUCUGGAGUACCUCUUUGAAAAGUCACACUGAGCUCCCUUAGGGGCAUGUCAACGUAGCCACUGGACCUCGAGGGCUUCCCAGCGGACCCUCGUCGUGGUUCAUUGCUCCUCGUAGGCAUUACUCUCUGGCUCAGUUCCAUUCACCCAGACAACCAUCAGACAGUCCUCCCAGUUGGAAGUCCCAUUUCCCAGAGCGUGACACUAAAAGUGAAGUGUGGUUCCUUAUAAAAUGAUUCCUUGUGUCUUACCUCCCAAAGUCUCGGUGGUGGUUUGUCAUGGAGUCCAUUUCCGGACUUGGUUUCUUUCUCCAGCGGCGCCUCUGAGUCACUGGAGGGCAGUCCCAACAAGAAGGAGUGAAACAAACUCAGCAAGUUGAUAGGAGAGAGGCCCCAAAGUAAGUGUCCUGCAAAUCAGAGGUGGAACUAGGGAGAAAAUCAGUUGAAAAGCAUAUGCUCCUGGAAAAUAAUUCCCAUCCCAUCCAAGGGUCUGUUUUAAUGGAAUUCCCAUCUCUAGUCUUGAAGAAAGGCAGAACUAAGUGUCCAGGCCUGAAGAACCUUAUAAAGAGAUCAUAGAAUAGAGGCCAAAGCUGAGGGUGAAAGUCAGUCUGGAUCCACUAAUCCAAAUACUCAGUUGGGGGUAUUGAACUGAGUUUCUGGCUACCUAACCGAUGAGCAAGAUGGCUUUUUUGCAAAGGAGCUGAGAUGCUGGACUUAAGUUAGUGUGCAAAUCCCGGCCUAUGUUAGCGUCCUGCCUCCCAGAAUUCAUUUCCUGUGGCUGCUGCAUUUCGCUUAAACAUUUGGAUGUGAUAUCAGAAACGUUUCGGCUCUGUUGCUGAAAAUUUUUCCAUAUUUUGAGCAGUUUGGCCUGAAAGUUAUGAUGGCAAUUUCAAUUAACAGUGUAAUUUGUAUGACAAAUUAUAUCUUAGCUGAAUGGCACUGAAGGGCCCAGGAAAUUCGGGUCAUUAUAAACCAGUGUUCCUAUUAUUAAAUUAGGCUAAAUAACAUGGAAUUUCCUGGAAUCUAACAGUAUCUGAUGUUGUAUAGCAAAUUUAUCAAGUUAAGCGGGAACAUUAUACCAAAUUUCAGCUUGAUCUUGAGAAGUAAUAAUCUGCGUAUUGCUAGGCUGCUGUUAGCUGGUUCUAGGAAAAUAUGAAUAUACAUCAAAAGAGCAUUAAAUAAAGCAGACUUUCCCAUAGGAAAUAAUGUAAGGUAUAUUAACGCAUUUCCCAGAACCAAAACAUUUACCUAAACAGUAUAAGUUUUUAAAAACUGCUUAAAAGCCCAAUUUAGUUACAUGAUCAAAUAGCAAUGUAAUCAUGUACCAAUAAAAUAUUUUGAAGUA